UAAGACAACUAAUAAGACCAUCGCCUUCAAUUUUUCUCUGCUGUCAAAAAACACAUCCCACACAUCUAUACCAGCAGAGGAACUUGAACUUCUCCAAGCUGGCAUGGGAAGACAAACAGUGUGUCUUCCUGAAGACAGUGACCAUGCAGAGAUUUCAAGGCUCUUGACUGUAACCUUUCCAAAAAUGGAGGAUCUUUGUGGAGGAUGGCUCUUGCAUAAAGCAGCAGGUGGCAGUGGCCGAAGAAAGCUCACUGUAAUUCCACCAGAAACAGAAGGGUAUUCUGUCAGAGCUCUUAAAGCUGUGUCAGGAGCAGGCAAAGCCAUUUUUUACAUAGUGCCACUUCAGGAGACAUUAGACACAUCUCCUCUGCCUCCUGACUCACAUCACUUUUCAAAGAUGCCAAAGAAGACAUGUUACCAGUGUCAUGAAGUGAUGCCUUUGCAAAUGCUUGCAGUACAUGUCAGGACAUGCAAGGGCAAAUUGCGUUCUAAUGAGACUGAUAAUGAGGACUUUGAGUUAUGCAUUGUGGAGAGCAAGUGCAAGGUGGUUAGUCCAAUUUGCACCAAUGAAUUUCCAGAAGAUGAGAUCGCCAUCCAUGCUAGUCUGUGUGGAGAUAGCACUGAAAGUACAAUGACUGCAGGACAUAACAGUUCAUGUGCACCUACUCAAAGGCCAGUAUGGACACCAGAGAGUUUUAUGUCUUUUCAUGUGAAAUCUAAAUUGGACAAGUUUCAUCUAAAAGACAGUUAAGAUUAAAAGAUUGAAUAAAAAAAGCACUAUUGGUGAGAUAAUGGCAGUCAGCCUCGCUCAAGGUGGACCAGCUCCUGCUUUUUUGA